GAUGUCACUGUAAUGAAGUCUCAUUUUUACUGCAGCAUUUUCAGUCCAGAGUAUAACUCACUUAUCUGAAAAAGAACUAAUAGUCUAGAGAUAAAAGACAUGUUUCCACUUGGUGCUAAAGUUUCGUUCUUCUUUUUGAUUUAUGAUAAUAUACUGUACGUACAUGUAUGAUAUAUGUAAUGUUACAGAAUUUAUUUGUGGGAUCUUUAUAAUUAUUCCACAUCGACCCUGGCAAAUUAGCAUAGUAUUUUAGGAUCAAGGUGUGGCAUUUCUUUGACAUUUUUCUUUUCACUUCUCCCAUCUUGUGUGUUAACCGCAAGUUACCUUAUUGGGUGUGAAAGGUAAAGGCAGCUUAUUGUCAGAUAUACUAUUGCAAGAACUUUACCCAAGAAGCAUCCUGGAUUUCAAAUUGUAUCUCAAGUUGCAGCGUGUGGAAAUCUCUUAUCUUUAGGCUAUGGGAACAUUGUCUUCCUGGUAGCAUGGCAACAGUCCAUAAAUGAUAGUAAAAUGAGUUGAGGUUGGUAAGACUUGGACAUAUAAUGCUGCCCUUUCCAGUGACCUUUUAAUUUACAAGUAAGUGAUUGUUUUAUAGCCACACUUGGAAGCUUGCCUGUAAUGUGCAGCAAGUAACACGAGCCACACCGCAACUCCCCACCUGCUCCGGCAUCCGUCCGUGAACUAAGCGCAGGUGAACAGCUGCACGGACGAUACACUAAACAGACUCAUAGACACGGUCACAGCUCAGGUUUACAUCCAGUAAACGUGCCCUAAUGUGAAACAUGAGCUGAAGAGCAUAGAGUGGCUUGUAAAAUUAUAAUUACAGUCAUAAGGAGGUCAUAAAUGUGCCAUCUUGAUCUAUUAGUGGAUUCGAGAAUUUUUUAACUGGAGAAUUGUGGGUGCUUAAGAUAUCUUUUUGUUAAGAAAUGAGCCUAAUAGUUUUAUUUAAAAAAGGCUUGUGUUAGGGCGUGGAGUGGUGUCAUCCUCUUGAAAGAAUGUGUCAGGGUAUGAUCUACUUUGGUGUGUGUAGGAGAGGAUUCUGUCAAACCCUAACCUGUCUAACCCUAACCAAAUUAUACAAACCACUGCAGUCAUGCGAUGGGUGAGCAGUCCGUGAAUCACCCAGUUGGUAGUGCCACCCCCAAAGGAAAACAUUUACUUUGAAUUCCUAAAAUCCGCUACCCAAAAAUAGCUCUUCGCCUUCCUUUUACGUCUUUACAUCUCAUUUUCUUUUUGAGUUUAACAACCCACCCCGUCCCUCCUCCUCCAUCUCCUUCCUUCUGCUCCUCUCCAUGAGGCCUAUGUGCUAGGCCUCCCCGGCUCCAGUUGUCAUUGGCCCCUUCUGGUCACAUGGGUGGGGGAGUGGGCGGCCCCCUCAAGCUCGAGCUCUCUGGGUGUUCACAUGGAAUAACUACAGCUGCAGUGGGAAGUGAGUGCAGCCGGGAGACGGACACCGAGAGGCGAGGCGGCCGUGAGCCAAAAAUGGACAUGGCUAACCUAUUCAAACACUUUUUUCGAAUUGGAAAGGUGAAGAGCAGGAAAGGAGGCAUGAGGGACACGGCCUCCAACGCCGACGCCGAUAUGUACGCAGACAACGGCGAGAGGCUGUACGACCUGAACCUGCCCGCUCUGGUUAAGUUCAGCUACACGGCAGAACGCGAGGACGAACUCUCCUUGGUCAAAGGCACUCGGGUGGUGGUGAUGGAGAAGUGCAGCGACGGCUGGUGGCGCGGCAGCUACAACGGACGCUCCGGGUGGUUCCCGUCCAACUACGUCACAGAGGACGUGGACGGGACAGCGGGAGUUGUGGGUGGCCUCGGGGAUCCAUCAGGGUCGCUCACGGAGAAGCUGGCGGCUGUGGUGAACAGCACGGCCAACGGAAACAGAGUGUUACACACCGUGCAGGCUCUCUACCCCUUCAGUUCGGAUAACGACGAAGAGCUGAACUUUGAGAAGGGUGAGGUGAUGGACGUGGUGGAGAAGCCUGAGAACGACCCGGAGUGGUGGAAGUGUCGCAAGGCGGACGGCCAGCUCGGACUGGUGCCCAAAAACUACGUUACGGUGCUGGACUCUGCCUCCCACAAAACAUCAGCGGGGCCCGCUGGGCCACCCACACCUGAUUGUGAUUACAUUUCGCCAUCUGGCAGCGGGCGAUUUGCAGGCAAGGAGUGGUACUACGGGAAGGUGACACGCCACCAGGCGGAGGUGGCGCUCAAUCAGCGAGGCACCGAGGGAGACUUCCUCAUCCGAGACAGCGAGUCAUCGCCGAACGACUUCUCCAUCUCGCUAAAGGCGCAGAGCAAGAACAAGCAUUUCAAGGUGCAGCUGAAGGAGAGCCUCUAUUGCAUCGGACAGCGCAAGUUCAACUCCAUGGAGGAGCUUGUGGAACACUACAAAAAGGCGCCAAUCUUCACUAGCGAGCAGGGUGACAAACUCUACCUGGUUAAGGCCCUGUCUGCAUCCUGAUCCUGCAUCGAAAAACAUAAUUCCAUCUCCACGCAAACACUUGUAAAUGAUGCACACACAGAGACACUAUACAGACCGGAACACACUAACAUCAAGCCUGAAGACUUUGCACGUCAUCCGGACUUCUUAUGCCUCGUUGAGCAUUCCAAGAGGACGAUGGGAAAAGGCACGAAGGAGGAAGAAUGUUGGGAGUGUUGGGAGACAAGAAAAAAAAAAAAAAGACUAAGGACUCCUGAGAGCAGACGAUGGACCUCUUGGCCACUUAUUUAUGAUGUGAUCCAGAUGUGUUUGCUGGCAGUCAUUGUAUUUCCACCUCCAUAGUUUAGUCGCAUUUAGUUUGUUGAAAAUAUAUAUAUAAUCUUUUUUUUUUUUUUUUUUUUUUUAAAUUUUUUAAAAUGUGACUUUAUUAUUAUUAUUAUGAUUUUUUUUAUGGACAGAGCCCCUUCGAUAUAAAGAUUUUUUCCUUCAUUGCUAGAUCUCAAAUUCUACAUAAAGGUGAAUCUGUGGCAUCUCCUAGUUAAGCGACCAAAAUAUAUAUAUAUUGAUGUUGGUUGUGGAAAUGACGUGCAUCUCUUUUUGGAGGGGGGGUGCAAGGGUAAGUGGUCCAGGAGUGGUGACCCGCA